AUGUCCAAUCCACGCGUAGGCUCCGGCGGCCAGAUCGCCGACGACGUCCUCCGCGAGGUCUUCGCGCGCCUGCCCGACGUCCAGGACCUCCUCCGCUGCGCCGUCACCUGCUGGCGAUGGCGCCGCCUCAUCACCGACCCGGCGGAGAACGCCCACCGCCCGUCCAUGCUAGCUGGGAUCUUCACCCAAAACAUAUGGCUUGAUCGCGACAAAGUUGAGCCGUUGAAGGGAAAACCACGAAGCCCUCCGAAGUUCCUAAGCCUUCAGGCCGGUUCGGCGCAUGCCAACCUGACGUCGUUUGUUGCCGAUGACGAUGGGCUCUUCAACGACGCGAGGCCAUUGGCGUCGCGCCGUGGCUUUCUCCUCCUAGGCAUCAUGUUGCCUGCCAACACAGAUCAUCGUCACAAGCUUCGUCUGGCGGUGUGCCGCCCACUGAUUGACAACCGUACGCAUCUCCUCCCAUCGCCUCCAAUCGACCUACCUGGAAUCUCUGAUAGUCCAACCGGCUGGGCAAUUCUCACCAGCGCAGACCACACCGCCUUGAAAUAUCAGGGUUGGCAAGUGCUAGUGACGUACAGGGGUUAUGGUGUUGUGUUCGCCUAUAUGUACUACCCAGCCACACGGAGUUGGAGCGUGCCCAUCAAGUACCAGCGAGACCUCACUAGGUGUGGUCCCGGUGCUGGUGUCGUCGCCCGUGGCGUUGUGCACUGGUUAUACAGGGACUACACAGAGCUCUACACCCUCAACAUAAGUGCUACCAUGAAACAAGUCUCUUUGACAAAGAUCCCGAUCAAAAUCGACGCCGGUUUGCCAUAUCAACGACCUCCUCUGCUGUGUAUCACCGGGGAAGGAACGCUUUCGCUUUUUAAUACACAAGAUGAUGGUGUGCCGGAGCUUUGGACCAAACAAAAACAAGACGAUCGUGAUCAUCACAUAGGUGAGGGGGAGGGUCGUUGGCUACACUCUUACCUGGCGAAUCUCCGGACCGAGAGACCAGACAUUGCCUUUUUUGCUGAGAGCAAAGGUGCUUUACUCAUCGAGCAAGGUGGCGCCUUAUUCAUUUUUGACCUCAAGAGUAGGGAGAAGGUGCGGGUUACCCUCAAGUGCGAUGAAAUUGACCAGGCCACCAGGUGGUUCCCAGCAAUACUAUUGCAGUUGUAG